AUGAGAUCUCCGCGUGCAGUCAAUCGAACGCAUACACGAUGCACACCAAUUCAUGCACAUCAUUCAAAGGGACAACGUCUGAGCUCCCUCAGAGCAUUGCAUAAGGCGAUCCGUCAUUCACUUGUGAACCAAGAUGCCUAUGCUGAGAAAGCUUCAUUGAUCUUUGGCCAGCUCGACCUCAAGCUAGCCGAGUUUAUGAAAAAAGCUGAAUUGAGCGAAGAGGAACGAGUCGAGAAAGAACGACGAGUCGCCUUGAAAAAAGCCGAAAAAGACGCCCAAUUGAAGGCCAAAAAAGAGGCCGAACAGAGACGAAAACAAGAGAAAUUGGAAAGGAAACAAGCCGAAGCGGCGACGAAGCAAACGAUUGAUCCGAAAUUGGAAGCCGCUACGUAUGUCCCUCAAACUGUCGUCGUCGAAGAAUCGAAACCGUUGAAAAAAGAGGAAACGAAGAAAAACAAGAAAACCGAGAAGAAACCCGUUGAGACACCCGUUGAAGUGAAGGAGGAACCGAUCGUGAAGAUCCACGCUCCAUCACCUGUUGAAUCAAAACCCGAAGAAAAAGUUGACAAGAAAUCGAAAAAGGACAAGAAAGAGAAGAAAAAAUCCGAAUCGGAGAAACUAAUCGAUGAGGUGAAACUGUUUGAAGUGACCGCCACACCGAAGAACACACCGAUUGAUACACCGAAAGAGGCACCGGCUACGCCAGCGGAAUACGAUCUCGAGCCUCAACCCCAGCACCAGGUUGAUUUGAGUAAACCUGUUCAUGAGGAGAAAAAGUCCAAGAAGAACAAGAAAGAGAAAAAGCAAAGUGAAUCGAAAGCUGAACCCGAAGAAGUAAACUAUGAACAAGUGAAAGCCCCAGUCGAAGAGCCGGUGAUUGAGAAAGUUGAACAAGUGAAACAAGAGGCCACAGCUGAGGUUAACGGUGUUCAUGAGACUGAAAGCGUCAAAAAUCUCCCCGAUUUGGUGGAAGGAGAAGAAGAAAAGGCUCCGUUCAUCAUCGAUGAAAAGGAAGGGGAAGGGAAUUUGGGAAAGAUUGGAAAAGAGAAUGAUGACUUUGAGAUUGGGGUUGAUGAGAGACCGAUUGAGUCUCGUUUCAAGGAAACACUACAAAAUGCAGGAGUGGCACCAGUGAAACAUUGGGAAACACAGAAUGAGGGAAAUGUUGAAGAAGAACCGAAAGAAGGACUCUUGACAACAUUGGCUGACACUGUUACUGGAAUCUGGGAUAGUGUUACUGCUGGAAUACUUGGAGGUAAUGAGAAGGAUGCUCCUAAAGCUGAAGCAACUCCAGACAUUUGGGAGGAAUUCACUUCUGGGAAACCGUUGUUCAAAGAUGAGACUGAAGAAACUAUCACAGCUAAACACUUGGCACCGGAAGAGAUUGUAGAAAAGCAAGCUGAACAAAUACCCGAUAUUUGGGAAGAGUUCACUUCCGGAAAGCCACUUUUCAAGGAUAACGAUGAAGAAAAACCAAUUGUUGCCAAAACUGAACAAGCGGAGAAUGUCAGCUCUGCACAAGUUGAACCAACUCCAGACAUUUGGGAGGAAUUCACUUCUGGGAAACCGUUGUUCAAAGAUGAGACUGAAGAAACUAUCACAGCUAAACACUUGGCACCGGAAGAGAUUGUAGAAAAGCAAGCUGAACAAAUACCCGAUAUUUGGGAAGAGUUCACUUCCGGAAAGCCACUUUUCAAGGAUAACGAUGAAGAAAAACCAAUUGUUGCCAAAACUGAACAAGCGGAGAAUGUCAGCUCUGCACAAGUUGAACCAACUCCAGACAUUUGGGAGGAAUUCACUUCUGGGAAACCGUUGUUCAAAGAUGAGACUGAAGAAACUAUCACAGCUAAACACUUGGCACCGGAAGAGAUUGUAGAAAAGCAAGCUGAACAAACACCCGAUAUUUGGGAAGAGUUCACUUCUGGAAAGCCACUUUUCAAGGAUAACGAUGAAGAAAAACCAAUUGUUGCCAAAACUGAACAAGCAGAGAAUGUCAGCUCUGCACAAGUUGAACCAACUCCAGACAUUUGGGAGGAAUUCACUUCUGGGAAACCUUUGUUUAAAGAAGAUGUUAAAGAGCCUGAAGAGGUGAAAGCUGUAGAAGAACAAACUGAGUCUCAAAACAAAAAGUCAAAGAAUAAAAAGAAUAAGGAUAAACGAUCAAAGAACGCUAGUGAAUCGACAAAAGAGCCAGAAGUUGUUCAAGCUGAAGUUUCACCAGUUGUUGAGUCUCCAAAGAUUGAAGAAUCGGAAGUUAAAGAAGAGAAAAAGAAUGGAAAAAACAAGAAGAAAGAUCGGAAAUCGAAGAAAUCGGAGAGUGAAGUUCCAUUUGAUCAAGUAGAGAAGGGGUUGUUGAGAACCGAAUUGAAGGAUAGCCCAUCAGAGAUGUCAACGGCAUCAAUGGUUGUGAAUAUCCCGUUGAAUGAAGACCAAGAGAAGUUUAAUGCCACUCAACCGGAGAUUGAACAACAAGAAGUUUCUCAAGAAAUCCAGCCAGAAGAAGAGACUCAAUUUGUCGCUUUUGAGAAUAAGAAGAACAAGAAAAAGGAUAAACGAUCGAAGAAAGAAAGUGAGCAAGAAGUUUCUGAAUCAAAUCAAGCAACAAAUGAACCAGCAGUUGGCAUUUGGGAAGAGUUUGCUUCCGGAAAGCCUGUGUUCAAGGAUGAAGUUGAAAUUGAAAAAGAUCCGAUAGCUGAUGAGAUUGGUUCUGAGCCUCAAGUUGUAGCUGAUCAACCAGUUGACAUUUGGGAAGAGUUUGCGUCUGGUAAACCGCUAUUUAAGGAUGAAACUGAAGUGGAAAAAAUGGAAGAGAAAGUAACUGAAACGUCUGAGUCUCAACCGGUGGAUAUCUGGGAAGAAUUCACCUCUGGAAAGCCAUUGUUCAAAGAUGAAUCGUUUUCUGAAAAAAAAUUUGACGAGUCUCCGGCUCAACCAGCUCAACCUGAGGCUGAACCUCAUGAGGUAACUUAUGGAGCCAUACCUUUAACCGAAACAAAGAAAAACAACAAAAAGAAUAAGAAGAAAGAAAAGAAAACGAGUGAAUCUCAUGAAGAACCAAGCGCUGUUGAUAAAACCGAGUCUUCUGAGUAUGAAUUAGCGCUUGAAAAAGAUAUUUUCCAAAAGUUGAAACCAGCAGAUCUUCGAAAGAGUAAAAGCAAAAGUCCAGAGCCGGAAAGUGUCUAUGUUUGGGAUGGUUUAGUGUCUGGAGUGCCAAUUAUUAAAGCUGUUACUUCACCGACAUCAAGUCCAAAAAAAGUUUCGACUCCAGUGGUUCAAGAAGCUGAAUCAGAGCACAAAGAAGGACUUUUGUCCUCAUUGGCUGAGACUGUGACUGGAAUUUGGGAAGAUUUGACUUCUGGAAAGCCAUUGUUUGGAGAUAAUGAGAAAGCUGAAGAAAAAGUGGAACCAGCAGCUGAAUCAACACCGGAAGAGUUCACUUCUGGUAAACCGUUGUUUAAAGAAGUUGAUGAGCGAAAACCAGCUGUGCCUGAAGCUGUUGAACAAAAAAGUGAGUCAGCUCCAGUAGAGACACAGAACAAGAAAUCGAAAAAUAAGAAGAAUAAGGGCAAAAGAUCAACAAAUCCCAGUGAAUCAGCUAAAGAAGUUGAACAAAGUGAGGCAAAAGCGUCAGAACCUGCAACUGAACCAACUCCGGAUAUCUGGGAAGAAUUCACUUCUGGAAAGCCAUUGUUCAAAGACGAGUUGCCAGAUAUUGCUGUCAGUGAUGCUCCAAUUGUUGUUGAAGAACUGAAAAAAGUGGAACUAAAGCCAGAACCGAUCAUUGAACCAACUCCAGACAUUUGGGAAGAGUUCACUUCAGGAAAACCUCUUUUUAAAGACGAAGCUGAAGUUGAGAAACCUGUUAGUGAACCAGUUCAAGAAGCAGAACCAACGCCAGAUAUCUGGGAAGAGUUCACUUCGGGAAAACCAUUGUUCAAGGAUGAAUCUGUCCCCAUUCCCACCAAAGAAUUAGAAUCUUCCAUUUCUCAAUCUUCUCCCAAUCCUCACACUUCUCCACCAAAAGAAGACCCCGUUAAGGAUAAGAAAUCGAAAAAGGAUAAGAAGAACAAGAAGACGAGCGAAUCUGAGGCAAAAGUUGAAGUGAUUCCGGAGCCCGUGACUGUUGAGAAGGUGGAGGACCCGGUUGAGCACAAGGAACCUAGCAAGAAAGACAAGAAGAAGAACAAAAAGAACAGCGAAUCGGAGCCAAAAGCCGAACCAGUUGAGGCAAAGAUUGAAGUGAUUGAGGCACCAAAGGCAGAACGAGUCGAGGAGCCUGUUUCAAUUGAAAUUGAGGAGAAAGAAUCCAAGAAGGACAAGAAAAAGAACAAGAAAGAGAAGAAAACGAGCGAGUCACAAUCUCAAUUCAGCCCCGAUUCCGGUGUUGCCAUUGAGCAGGAUCCACCACUCGUUUCCCCGGCCAACCUGGGCCAUUUCGCUGAGAUGGAAAAUGCUGAAGUGAAGAUCUCUGCACCACCAUCGAACAUCGAAAAUAUUGAUAUUUGGGAAGAAUUCGCAUCUGGGAAACCGCUUUUCAAGGAAGUUGAAGAAGAAAAACCACAGACUUCAGAGGAUAUUGCGAAUUUUCCGAUUGGACAUUGGGAAACCCCAACUCUUCAACUAUCAGCAACAGAAAUUUGGGGAGAAGGUGGAAAAAAGAAGAAACAUAAGGAAGAGCCAGCCUUUGUACCAAGACCCAGUUAUAACACAUGGGAUGAACCAAUCAAACACGAGAAAGAACUAGAGAAAACGAUCAAUGUACCUGCUCCAGAAGCACCGAAAGAUAUUUGGGAAGAGUUCACUAGUGGAAAGCCGAUCUUCAGAGAAGACAAUAAAGAGGGGACUUUGGUAAAACAAGUGUCAAUCGAGGACGCGAUUCGAGUACCCGAACCAGAUGCACCAAUUGACAUUUGGGAAGAGUUCACAAGUGGAAAACCGAUCUUUAAAAAUGAAGAUGAUAUCUCAGAAGAUUUGCUGAAAAAAGCUGAAGCUGCGAUUGAAGCAAGUAGAAAGAUUUGGGCCGAAGAUCAACAAGCGAGUGGAUCGGCGGAUAUUUGGGAGGAAUUCACAUCGGGGAAACCGCUGUUCAAAGAUGAAUCGAUAGCAGCUCAAAAGCAUAUCGACGUUGAGCCAGAAGCUAAAAAAGUCACUGCUACUGUAACCAAGACCGAGGAUGGUUAUAAUGCAAUUGUGACCGAGGAUGAGCCGGAGCAACGAGCGACAAAUGUGCACAGAGCUGAGCAUAUCACGCUGAAUGUUGUUUAUGCGGGUGAUGGAAAGGAUGAGGAGGAGCCUGAACCUGAGCCAACUCCAGCCCCACCCAAGCAAGAUACCAAGGAAUCGAAGUCAAAGAAGAAAGACAAGAAACAUAAAAAAUCUGAAUCGGAGAACAAUGUUGAAGCUGAACCGGUGAAAGAGAAUGGUCACCCAGUUGAAACAGCUCCAAUUGUUAAGGAAAAGAAAGAAGAGGCAGCCGAAUUGAAAUAUGAUGGACCAGCUACUCAAACUGCUGACACCAAAUCAAAAGACAAGAAAGAUAACAAGAAGAAGAAUAAGAAAGGAAAGACGAACAGUGAAUCGGAAAAAGUCGAGAAGAAGAAAUCUCCAUCACCGGUGAAAGAAGUGCCCCUUCCAGAGAAACCCGUUGUAGUAGCGAUUCCUGAGCCAACCAAAGCCGAACCUAUUGCCACUCCUUCUCCCACUAACAAUGGAUCAUCGAAGAAUAAGAAAAAGAACAAAGGAAAACAUGGAAAAGAUAUUGAUUCCCCAGUUGCUGUCGAGGAAAAGCAAAGCCCUGUCUCUAGUGGAAAGUUUGAUCCUGUGGAAGAGGCUUCCCAUCAACACGUUGAGGAUUUGAAAUCCGCACAACCCGUCGAAGUGAAGAUCAAUGGAAUCAAUGGAAAUGUUGCCGACGAUCAUGGUUUUGAAGAGCAAAAGGGCAAGAAAGGACGCAAGAAGAAUAAGAGCCGAUCCAGCGAAUCGCACGAACUAAAUGGAAAAUUGGAAAACGCUCAAGAAUUGAACUACAACAAUGAUGACGUGAACAAAAUGGGAAUUGAGUCGACGAGUGAACAACUUGGAGAAACGGCGGUGAGCCCAGUUCAAGUCAAUGAGGUGACAUCGAGUGAGGCGACUGAAGGAAAUCAAAGAGUUUACCGAGAGAACAUCAAAGCCGCGUAUGACAUCGACUCGUCAGCCGAUCCCACAGCUCAUCCAACUCAAUUUGCCAUUCAAGUACAGAAAUUGGUUGAGUCGACUCUCGCCGCUUCCGAACUGAAACAUGCCGAUCCAAAUACGAAAUACUCCGUUCAAGCGCAAUUGCUGAGAUUGAAAGAAAACGAUGAUCAACCGAAACAAACCUAUACUCUUCGUCCAUUGACUCCAUUGGCUUUUGAGAGACACGUCACUGUGGAAGAAGGAAAACGAUCACCUUACACUCCAUCACCGAGAGAGCGAUCGUACAAAUUGUUGCCGAAAGAUGUGCUUUUCUGCUCUUACAUGAUUGAUACGUAUGGAGAGGAUUAUGAGGGUAUGACGAAAGAUGCGAAGAAUGUCUACCGAGAGAAUGCGCGAUCAUUGCAAAGAAAGAUGAGAGUCUUCAAGGAAUCCCCACAUUUCGAUACCUACAAGAAACAUCAGGAAACCGGUCGAAGUGUUGAGGAGAUUCUCCAAGAAGAGGCCACCGCACAAGCU